AAAACCAACUCAGUUCACAGUUGUUGCCUUGCCGCUCAGUUCAAACCGAACAGACGCGUCGAGCGCACGUCUCUAGAGAACCCAUUUUCCUAAGUUAACUUUUCGUAAGUUCAAAAUGACGUUGCGAUGCGUGCUUGCAUUGUUGGCAAUCGCCGGAGCCACGUUCGCGAGCCCUGAGGUCACCGAACUUAAGGUUGAAGUCGUCAGCGUGCCAGAAGGAUGCACCGCCAAGUCGAAAAAUGGCGAUAUGCUCACCAUGCACUAUACGGGCACGCUUGAUGAUGGGAAAAAGUUCGACUCCAGCUUCGACCGCGAGCAGCCGUUCACAUUCCAGAUCGGCGCGGGCCAAGUUAUCAAGGGCUGGGACCAAGGUCUACUGGACAUGUGUGUCGGUGAAAAACGCAAGCUGACGAUCCCAGCGUCGCUCGGCUACGGCGAGCGUGGGGCCGGCAACGUCAUUCCACCCCACGCCACCCUCCACUUCGAAGUGGAGCUCAUCAACAUCGGCGAUUCACCGCCCACCACCAACGUGUUCAAGGAGAUCGACGCCGACAAAGACAACAUGCUGUCUCGCGAAGAAGUCAGCGAUUACCUGAAGAAGCAGAUGGUACCAGAAGACGGCGCGGAAGUGAGCGAGGACAUCAAGCAGAUGCUCGAAAGCCACGACAAGCUCGUCGAAGAGAUCUUCCAGCACGAGGACAAGGACAAGAACGGAUUCAUCAGCCACGAAGAGUUUUCUGGACCAAAACACGACGAACUCUAAACUCUUAACUACUUAAUACAUUCUAAGCAAAGGUCAUACUAGCGACUUUGUAAAUGUUAUUUUCUGGUGGAACAUAUAUUUUAAAUAGCAUUAACCACUAUCUAUUAAGGCGGAAUGUGAUACUGCUUGAACGCAGACAUGGAUCUUUUGUGGAUUGUUUGUUACACUGCUUAUUUUCCUUAGAUUUAGCCCUAAACGACCUUUUUUAUCGUAUAGGUCCAUACCUAGUACAUUUUAUCAAAAUACGGUGUCGUUAGUAUGGCCUCAUGACAAUCCGCUCUCCUAAGCUUAAAUAAGAAACAUAACAUUGGAAGCGUUGUAAUAACCUAGUGUUCUGUAAUCAUAUCAUAAUAUUUUAAUUACCUAAGCACAUUUUGUAAAUAAAGGUCUGCUAUUCACUUCAGCAGUGUUAGCAUUAGCGUUUGCAGAUUUUAUCGCUUAACAACCCGAUAGCGAUUUUUCAGCUGUAUUUUAUCGCUUUGUAAAUGAAAAGCUCAGAGAAAGCUUCAUAAGAAAGCUCAGUCACUCAGUGGACGAUAGAGUUCAGCUUGGAAGAGACCUAUGUAUGUCCAGUGGAGGACGUCUAUCGCUUGAUAAUGCUGAUGAUGAUGCAUUUGGUCGUGCCAGGGCCGUAAUUAUAGCUUGUUUUUGGUAAAAAUAUAUAAAAUCAACGCUUGCUGCGCUCACGCUCUUGUUUUAUAUAUCCUAGUUUGAAAAUUCUUUCAAACACAUUCCCGUUAUUUGGCGUCCAGAGUUUUUUUACGCGACACCAAUUGCAAAAUCUACUAUCGCUGAUGCUAAUAGUGUUGAGUGUGCUGGCGCCCCAAACUGAGCGGUUAUGAAGAAUGUACUUUUAACUUUAAUUGUUUAGUUUCGAAUUUGCGCGCUCGGCCCUUUUCGAAUCUAAUCCGUGUUUAAUUUCACUCACUAUAAUAAAGCUUUGUGAAAGGAGUGCGUGUCGUUUUGUUGGGUCGUUUUGUACUUAGUCUAUGUUUUGUUUGUCGUAACUUGUAUCGAUAAGCCUGUUGGAUUAUAACACGGAAUUCAAAAUAUAGAAAUGGCAAAGAUAUUAUAAAACUCCAGAUAGGCAAAGCUCAUAUAAUUAUUUAAUAUUUUUGAAAACUGAGGACAAAUUCGUAAGUUUGUGUGUGAGACAUAGGCGUAGCAAUACAGAUUACAUGUCUAGAUAUUGGCGCAGGAUUUACCUACAUAUCUUUUCACACCUUCGAUCGUGCUUCAAAAAUGGUGGUCCUACCAAGGUUGAGAAAUUGUAUCAUGUGUUGUCGCCAGUUAUUAACAACUCACUCUUACAAAAAUAAUCCACGGCACUUCUAUACCUGUUAUGAAUUCUGUUGAUCAUAUAAAUAUUAAUAUUAAGAUAGGUACUUUGUAAUGAUAUUUACUUACUUAAAUGUAUCUUUUGUACAAUUGAAAAUAUUUCGGCGCGUUUUAUAUAUACCUACUUAAAUAUUUUUUUUGACUUAUAGCUAUUAUUAUUAGGUAUAUUAUAGGUAUAUUAAAGUUACAUGAUAAUGGUGCAAACACAUCAUUUUGUUGGGGUAGGUAUUUUAUGACGUUCUGAUGACUUCCCAUAAAUUACAUCUGUGACAUGCGCAUGCCAGAACACAGUCAUGUGUUUGCACUUUGCAGCUUAAUAUUAUAAUAAUAUUUUGUACGUAUAAUAUAUAACUAUAGUCUGUACUAUAGUUUCAGAAUAAUAAUAUUCAUUGUCUAUUAUUUAAUGCAUAUUUUUUACAAACAUAUUUUAUGUUAAAUACCUCUAGUAAAAGCAGUGUUGCUGUGUCCAAUUUAGAUUCUAUCAUCAUAAAUUGAUGAUCUUAUUACAGGUCUAUCUGUCUAUAUUAAUAUCAUAAAGAAAAAGUGCAAAUUUCUGAAUCGAUAUAUUAUGUGGAGGCCAAACUCUAGAACGACUGAAUCUAUUUGAAAAAUUGGUUCACCGUUUUGAAAAGUACAUCGUUCCAGAUGGAGACAUUUUGGCUAUAUCAUGCAUACUUAGGUAUACCAAACUAGAAGGUAUCCGGCGUGUAAUACUACGCUAAAAAAAGAAUGUGCCUAAUGCAUUGUAUUAGUGGUCUAAAAUAUCUUCGCAUUAUUGUCUUUCUAAUGAAACUGGUUUGAAGCACAUCAAUUGGAUGGUUGUCAAGGUCAAGGUCAAACAAUAGGUCAAGUCUAUUAACAGACAUAGGUAGAAAUAUUUUUUGUGUUUUAUAUAAUAUGUAAAUCGGGCAGACCAACUUAUCUUAUCAUGAAAUAAAGAAACAGCACAACUGCAAUAA